AAAACAUAUUCUUACACACAGCCAAAAGAUAAGCACACAAUAAACUAUAUUGUAUCGAUAUGUCAACAAAAGAGGCUCGUUCCAAUUCGAUGUCUCCGGAGUCGGAUCCCACAGCCUUCAUGAACAAGUGGAGGCAGACCAGGGCCUGUGCUCGGUGCCGAAGACUUAAAAUGAAGUGUGCUUUUGAUAACCCUAAUUUUGGAUCCUGUAAGAGAUGCUUUAGAAGUGGGUUUGACUGCUCUUUUGAUAACGACCCCACGGCAAAGUUUGCCAGAAAGAAUCGAAGGGCUUCUCCAAUGAUGGUGGAGAGUCACGAUUUUGCCAUUGUACCAUCGAUAUUGGAAGGUGAUAAGUCGAGGUUGCAGAAAUUGGAGCUCAGCUUAGGUGAUGUCUCCAGUAAAUUAAGUAAUAUCAUGAAAGCCACCAACUCCAACAGUCUUAGGCAGUUUCAAGAUUUUCACAAGACUUCAGCUCUUCAGGAAUGCCCGUACAUUCCAUUCGGAUCCAACAUAGUGGAAGAAAUCACUCAGAAGCACAAACUCGUGAGUAUAGAAGAGUUCAGAAUACGGCACCAAUUCUUUCUCGAUGAGAUGCUUUCGUAUUACCCCAUCAUAUCGUUUUCCAAAACUAUGACCGAUUUCGACUACCUAUAUGAAACAGACCCGCUUUUAUUAACGGGCUGUGUUUAUGUGACUACAAUCAAUGACAAUGGGCUUUUUUCUCGGAUCAAAGAGAAGCAUUACAAAUUGUCUAAUGAGGCGUUGAAUCAAAUGUUGAACUACUACUUGGAAAGCUUUAUCUCGUAUCAUGUUUACAUUAAGGCCAAUGAUUUCAACUAUAGGUUGGUGGAUUUGUGCUUGAUAUUAUCGCUCUGGUGUUUGCCAACCACAAACUCGGGUCAUUUCAAGAACCAAUUCCACUUAUUAAUUGGGUUCAACAUCUCGUUGUGCAUUGAUUUGGGAGAUAUUUCCAAAAGCUUGAUCAAUAAACUGUACACGAAUAUCCCCGUGUUGGGGGAUGCGACCGAACAGAGGAAUCACUUGAGAGCAUUUCUAAGUGUGUAUGUUUCUUGUGGUUCCUUGGGAUUGUCGUUACCCAGAUUCAAAGUAGUGAACUGGACUACUCAACAUCACACAGCAGUAACCUUUUUGAUGAAAGAAGGAGAAGUGGAUGGAGUGAAGUUACCCACACGAAAUGACCGGUAUCUAUGCUACUUUUCUAAAGUCAUCAGAUUGGGCCAAGAGAUCUUCAAUUAUUUCAGUCCAAGUAUGAUGGAUACAGCUCUCAGUAAGAAAAGAGAUGCUUUAUUCAAUAACAUGCUCGACCCAUAUACUUCAUCAUUAUCCCACACCAAGUUUGUAUUGGAUAACUACGAACAGCGACUUUAUUCUCUUCUCAUUGAAAGUGGUUUUAUGGACUCACCAGAGCCUGAAAGUGGAAAGGAUCAACCCAAAGAAAAGUACUUGCUUUCUGUGAUAUACUACCAGCUACUUAUGAUAGUGUAUGAUAACUUGGUGAGCAGAUAUUUCUUGAGUGAGACAAAGGGCCAGGGCUAUUUGGCCGUCAACACAAUGCAAGCACCUGAAAGUGUCACUCCUGUUCAAUACAUUGUGAAGUUGAUCAAAUUGUGUGAAAACUUGUUAAAGUCCUUCAUUAUUCUCGGCCAGGAACGUACUAUUAACUUACCCACAUUCUUCUUCUACCGUCCUAUGCACUCAUUGAUUCUUUUGAUAAAGUUGAGGAUCUUAAUCAACUCGCUGAACCUCACCAAAUGGUCUCCGAUGAUAGAACCAGAAGACUUGAAAAUCAAUGCUGAGGUGUACUUCGAAGGAGUUCAUAAACUCAUUCAUGAAAGUCAACACAAGUACAGUUCUAUUGUGUGUCUGAGAAUGGCAAUUAUCUUAUCCAGAAUCGAAAAAUGGAUGCACUUGUCAACGGGAAAACGGUCUUCCCAGCCUUCUAGAUCACAAGAUCAAGUUCAAAGCGAAAACUCCAAUUUGGUCAGGAUGAUUGACACCAGUAAAGAAAUCGAGAAUCUCAGAGAUCCCAAAGAGGAAGCUAUGGAACAUAACAAAGAUAACAAUAACAUUGCUCAGGAAUUUGCUCUGGAAGCAAGUAGUGAUGUCAAUCCUGAGCGUCCUCCUAUUCCUUCACAAGGAAGUCUCUUCUCCAAUUCUCUCCAGGAGAUAUUUCAGACAAUUGAUUCUGAUGUCAUUAAUUUUUUGAAUCCAUGGGACCCUAUGGAUCUUGACAUGAACAAUUCCGGGUUUGAUGCUUCCUUUGUGUCAAUGAAUAUGAAUGAGUUUCAGAAUACUCCAGGGUCAGGUAUGGGAUCUAUGAACCCCAAUGUCAAUGGAGGUUUAAACAACCUUAGCCUGAAUCUAGGCAACAAUAUUGGCGGCGACAUGGGCCAGAAUGGUGGUGCAUGGUGAUAAGUUUUAUGUAUUUUAGGUGUUUAUGUAUAGUAUAAUUAGAAUUUAAACUUCCUUGCAGGCUUUGCUUGAAGUUCUUCUGUUUUUGUUGUUUCUUCUGUGGGGUUGUCAUCAUUAAGUUGAUACUUUCGUUCAGAUUCAAGCAACCCAUUGGUAGAUUCAGCUUCAUUCUCUUUGAUAACCGUGUAUAGAGUUUUGUUUUUUGACGAGUCAUUAGAAGGCUUUUGGUGGAUGACAAUUUCAUCACCAGUAUCUUUACUACUUUCCUCUUCAAAGUAUGUGGGUUGAACGGUGGGAUCAGGCUCGCUCUCAUCAUCGCUCUCAUCCUCAUCACCAUCAUCUUCAUCUUCUGAAGAUUCUUCAACUUGCACAUCUCCCC